UUCAAACAACAAAUUAAAAACUUUACUCCAAAGGAAUUCUAAACAGAAGCCCUGAUUGGCGAUGGAGGAAGCAACCGGAAGCAGCGGCGUUGGGAUUCAUUGGCUGUGGGCGGUAGCGAGUGCUGGUCAAAUGGGAUGGGGUGUGCGUUCAUACCUUAAGGGCUACCCAGGGGAUUCGUGCCUCAUGCCUUUGAAAGCUUUCACCGUUGCUUCUCUCUUCAUAGGUAGCGCUGCUUCCGCUUCUAUCUUCAUUCUUCAAUCUAAUGGCAUCCAUGGGGUGGAUGAUCUCAUUGGCGCUGGUGCCAAUUUAAGAGCUAAACUUGGGUUACGUCCACGCACGCCGAAUAAGAAUUUGGACGAGUCUUAACCAAAUACUCAAUCACAUCUUGUGCUAUUACUUGGUGGUGUGGCUCCUUGGUGGAGAAGCAAUCAUAACAUAUCUAUAACAUACCAUGGUUUGGUUCCUUGUAAAGUUGAAGGGUUUCAUGUGCAGUUCAACAAUAAUAUGCUUAUUAGAGCACAUUUUGUGUAUGCAACUUGUAAUACUUUGUCAUCCAUAACACAUUUUUCUUUGAUCUUAGUUAUUGAUAAUGGCGACAAUUAGAUCCAUUAAAGAAUAAUCCAUCCAAUCCGUCCACUAAAUAAUUCAUCCAA